CGGUGGGGCGGGGCCAUGGCCGGACAGUGGCAGGGGAGCGGCUGUGGGGCUCGGGGCGCCCAGGGGGCGAUGGUGGUGCCGGGGCUGGAGCUGCCCGCGCAGGCCGUGGCCGGGAUGGUGGCCGACGUGGUGUUCGUCAUCGAGGGCACGGCCAACCUGGGGCCCUACUUCGAGUCUCUGCGCAAGCAUUACCUGCUGCCCGCCAUCGAGUACUUCAACGGCGGCCCCCCAGCUGAGACAGACUUCGGGGGAGACUAUGGGGGCACCCAGUACAGCCUGGUGGUGUUCAACACAGUGGACUGCGCCCCGGAGUCUUAUGUGCAGUGUCACGCCCCCACCAGCAGCGCCUACGAGUUCGUUACCUGGCUGGACGGCAUCCAGUUUGUGGGGGGUGGCGGUGAGAGCUGCAGCCUCAUUGCCGAGGGGCUCAGCACGGCCCUGCAGCUCUUCGACGACUUCAAGAAGAUGAGGGAGCAGAUAGGCCAGACCCACAAGGUCUGCAUCCUGAUCUGCAACUCGCCCCCCUACCUGCUGCCGGCCGUGGAGAGCACCACCUACUCCGGCUACACCACCGAGAACCUGGUGCAGAAGAUCGGAGAGCGAGGGAUCCACUUCUCCGUUGUGUCCCCCCGCAAGCUGCCGGCGCUCCGGGCGCUCUUUGACAAGGCCACGCCUGGCGGGAUGCUGGAGGCCCAGCCCAAAGACUUCAGCCAGGAUCCCCGGCACAUGAUCCUCAUCCGCGGCAUGGUGCUGCCGGUAGGUGGCAGCGCAGCCUCUGGUGCCAUCCAGCCCAAGCAGGCGGUGCCCCAACCGCAGCUCCCCACCGCGCCCCCGCAGCACCCGCCGGCCCCACAGCAGCCCCUGCCGCCCGCCUCCCAGCCCUACCAGGUACGUCCCCCCGGUGGGGUCCCGGCCCUGCCUCCCAGGUACGUCCCCCCCGGGGGUGUCCCAGCCCUGCUUCCCAGCCCUACCAGGUACGUCCCCCCCGGGGGUGUCCCAGCCCUGCUUCCCAGCCCUACCAGGUACGUCCCCCCCGGGGGUGUCCCAGCCCUGCUUCCCAGGAUCCUGACUGCUCUCCCCCUCCCCCCGGCAGUCACCCCGCUGAACGCCUUGCAGACGCCCUUCAGCCAGGCACCCGCGCAGCCGCUCCCUGCCGGCUCUGUCCCAGCCAUGGCCCCCAAGCUGCCGCCCUCCUCCCAACCCAGCCUGGUGUCGACCGUCACCACCGGCUCCAGCCUGCUGACCCAGCCGCCCGGCCAGCCCCCCUCACAGCCCGGGGCCCCAGCCAUGCCUAGCAGUGUGGCCCCCAGCGGUGUGAGUGUGACCCCCCCGGCGGCCCCCCAGCUGGGGGCGGCCCAGCUGUCCGGAGCCCAGCAGUCGGUCACCAACAAGGUGCUGGCCUGGAAUGGGGUGCUGGAGUGGCAGGAGAAGCCCAAACCAGCCUCGGUGGAUUCCAGCACCAAACUGACCCGGUCGCUGCCCUGCCAGGUGUACGUCAACCCCGGGGAGAACCUGAAAACGGAUCAGUGGCCGCAAAAGUUGAUCAUGCAGCUCAUCCCGCAGCAGUUGUUGACCACGCUGGGCCCCCUGUUCCGCAAUUCCCGCAUGGUGCAAUUCCACUUCACCAACAAGGACCUGGAGUCGCUCAAGGGGCUUUACCGCAUCAUGGGCAACGGCUUCCCCCAGCCCGGAGUCCCGCAGUCACAGCAGCCUUUGCACCACCUGCAGCAGGCGUCCCAGGGGCUGCUGCCUCAUCAGGCCAUGGGGCAGGCUAUGGGGCAGCAGCCGCUGCAGCUCCCUGGCCAGCCACUCAUGCACCAGGCGCCUGGGCAGCAAUGGCCAGGCCAGAUGGCCCCGCGGGCCCCACUGCCAGGUCAGAUGCUGAUGCCCCCAGGGCCCCGCGGCCCAGGCCCCCAGCCUGGCCUGCAGCAGGUGCAGCCGCCCAGUGUCAUGGAAGACGACAUCCUCAUGGACCUGAUCUGAGAGCAGCGCCCCCCACGUGUGUGGGGGUGCUGCAGCUGUCAAUAAACCUGCUGUCCCUGC